AUGAGAACGCUGCGGCCGGUCGUGCCUCGAAGCGAAAUGACGACGAUGACGGUCAUCGUGUUGGCAAGACCCUUUGUUCACCCGAUUGAAUGGUAUCAGUUCCGAGACCCGCUCCGUCGGGCUUUGCCAGUCCUCCAAGAUGUGAUAAAGACGGGGUUAAGACGGGGCCGAAUGUCCUGCGACACGGCAAGCUUCGUUGCCGGAUCCCGCAUUUUCGGCCUUUCCCCAGAGCAGCCGUUCGGUCCCGAAUUUUCCAACAUGUUACUUCGAACACCUCAAGCAGCCGAAAUAGUGGAUGACUCUGCGGGAACAGGAUCCGACCCCCCAGCUUCUUGUCAUCGAUCUUUGCUUCGUCGCCUGAUUCACAGAUCCGGCGAAAACUAA